AUGGGCUUUCCACUACCGCCGGAGUUGGUACAUAUUGUGUUGGGGUUUAUUAUUACCGAGGAGGUCGCCGACGUGCCCUCAUAUGCCAUUCCGGACACCAAUUUGGCCCCAUAUGCCACUGUCAACCGCGACUGGCAGGCAAUUAUCGAGAGGCAAACCUUUUCAAUCCUCAAGAUCAGCACAAACAAGCGGCUAGCAGAGUUCAAACAAUUCCCAUGGCAUCAGUCAUCAUGGAGCCAAAGAAGAAGCCAUAUACGGAAAAUCCAUUUCGAUGUGGAGCUGGAGUCGUAUGAUGGCGAGGCUCGCACACGGUACGAAAAUGAAGAGGAGAUGCAGCGAAACAGCAAAGUUUUUACCACUUCAAUUCAGUCACUAUUCAAUACUCUAUCUGAAUGGCCGGACAACGAAGCAGGUAUCUGUCUUUCGAUUAUGGCGCAGUCCCCCGGCGAUAUUAGCGCCCAAGGUCCCGAGGCAAGGAAGCAGCGCGGGUGGGGAAAAUCAGGUCUCUCAACUGAUGACAUCUGGGACAAGCGACAUAAGAGAUCUUAUCUCCAAUUCAACGAGGAAGCCGUCGGUACUCAAUGCCGAGCUGUUUCUAUAAUCACCGAACUUGAGAUUACAGCGGCGAUUGGUCAUAGGAAACUUGAGCCAGCCUCUAGUUCUCUUAUCGCGUCGAAGUUGCCUCGACUAUACGAUCUGUUCCUUAUCUUAGAUGAUAAUUGCAAAUGGGAUCCCCAAUUAAGACAACGUCGACGGAAUGAAUUUGCGGACUCUCUUCAGUUUUUACCUCUUACUAUACGCCAUCUUACCCUUGAUUUCGCCUAUAUAUGCCCACAAGAUGAAAAUUACCCUCCAGCGGCUUCAACGGCAGAGGGAAACACGGAUCCUCUAAGCUCACGUUUACGAGAAUUUUCCCAACAAUUGAUAGCGAUGGGUGGGAACCAAUGUGUCUUGGGAAAAGAACUUUUCUGGCCGUUGACUAGUGAUAAUCCUGAACCUCCCUUUUGGCCAUAUCUAACUGGUAUGAGCGUGGAUUAUAUACCUAUCACACCAUGUGGGAAAUGGAUGUUUGAACAGGAUGAUAACGCCGAGGAGCCCGAUUAUGAUUCAGAUGGUCGUGGCUCCUACUAUGAUGACAUGGAUGAUACCGGUCAGGAUUGGGUUCCCCCAGAGGACCGCAAAUGCAUACUAUUCAGAACUAAAUUCGUGCACGAAUUGUUCAACCAGUAUUAUUUAUCAGCUGGCAAGGCUGCUCUUCGGAUGCCUAAACUAGAUUCCAUGGCAUUGGACGUUUCGCACCGACCUCAACACCGGUUUUGGUAUCAGGUAGAGAACGAAGUGGCGAAAGUGACCUGGUCCAAUCAGGAUGACCCCAAAGCAUUUGAACCAAGCGAUGAGGUCUUGGAAAUUUGGAAUCAAGUUGCUUUAGAACACACCGGUCAUGGCCUAGAGGUUGAAUUCGAAUUAUGUUGA